CUCAAAUUUACAGAAUAUUGCUGUCAAUUUCAAAUCUUCAGCGCCAUCUUGGGAUCUUCAACGGUCGAGAUUCUGGGAGCGGCAAGAAGAGUGAUUCACAACUGUGAGAGCAAGAUUUCAAGUUCUUUGGACAUGACAUGGUGAUGGGGCAGCUGAUAAAGGAUCUCAAAGACCUUGAGCUCCGACAGAUGGUUGAGUUCAUUUGUGCCCCUGCCAUUUCUUCAGGACAGAUCGCCUACUUAAAGGUAAUGAUUGAGGACUACAUGUAUUUUCGAAAGAAACUAUUUCCUGACCAUCCUCUGAGGCCAAAACACCAUUAUGUUACUCAUUAUCCAGAACUAACAGUCCAGUUUGGGCCACUCAUUCGUCUCUGGACCCUCAGAUUUGAAAGCAAACACACAUAUUUCAAGCAGUGUUCAAGAAAGUUGCACAAUUUCAAGAACAUUUGCUCUACUCUUGCUGAAAGGCAUCAGCUAUUUCAAGCUUAUUUAAGUGCUGGUAGUCUGUUCCCACCCCAUGUUGUUGUUGAAAAAGGAACAGAAUUUUGCCCAUCGGAUUACAAUGAUGAUAUUAGAGAAGCUGUUUCACACCUUAACUGUCAGUCAAGCACACUCAUUUCACAUGAAACAAAAGUGAAAGGGACUAAAUACAAAAAAAAUAUGUUUCUUGUGCUUGAUCAAAUUGAUGAUGGAAUUGUAUUUGGCAAAAUAAAAGCCAUUCUCAUUCAAGGAGAUUCCGUCAACUUCAUCACAGAAAGAUAUAACUCUUCAACUCUCAUUGAUCAGGGCCUUCAUUGCAUAUCUGAGAAACCUGCAAAAAGGCUGUGUUGUGUCAGCCAGGAAAACCUAUUGGACUACUAUCCCUUGCCCAUGUACAAGUUGUGUGGCCUGUCAGUGCUUGCUCUUCACCACUCUUUUCCUUCUCUAGAAUGA